UUCACACUAUUUGCCGAUGAGAGACAAAAUGAUUUCUAUAUAACGGGUGAGUCAUAUGCGGGCAAAUACGUGCCGGCGAUCGCCUAUAAGAUACACUCCGAGGGAAAGGCAUCUAAUAUUAACCUAAAGGGCAUAGCCAUUGGGGACGGCCUUAUAGACCCGGUUAGCCAGUUCAAUUACGGCGCUUAUCUGUAUCAAAUCGGACUCCUGGAUGAAAAUCAAAGGGAAUAUGUGGACAAACAAGCUAAUAAAGCCAUUGAUUAUAUUAAUAAUAAAAAAUAUUUGGCACUGGAAACGACCCGACGUGCCAUACAUGUGGGGAACGUUACCUUCAAUGACGGCAAUAUAGCAAUGGAGCACUUGAUGGCAGAUAUUAUGCAGUCAACUAAGCCAUGGGUCACAACAUUAUUAGAUGCAAACUAUAAGGUGAUGUUAUACAACGGACAACUGGAUAUAAUAGUAGCCCCACCUCUCACUGAGAACUUCAUUGAAAGCAUAAAGUGGUCGAAAGCGAGUCAAUACAAGUCCACUGACAGACUCGUGUGGAAAGUGAGUGAUAAGGACACAGAAGUGGCCGGUUAUGCUAAUGUCAAACUGGAUGGCGAUGUCGGGGAACCACUGUUUUUGACGCCAUAUAUCGAGAGUGGACGGGUAGCUGAGGCACAGAAGUUGAGUCAAGUGUCAGGUCUGCCCUCAGCGCCCAAUAUUACCCACUAUUCCGGGUUUCUCACCGUUAAUAAGGAAUACAACAGUAAUAUGUUUUUCUGGUACUUCCCGGCACUGAAUGGAAACAAAUCUGCACCGGUAUUACUAUGGCUUGAGGGAGGACCAGGUUCAUCAUCAGUAUUCACACAGUUUGCACAACACGGGCCUAUCGUGUUGGAUAAGAAUCUUAAGCCAAGUCUUAGGGAAUACACGUGGGCUCAAGAAUUCUCUGUCAUAUACAUCGAUAAUCCAGUUGGCGCUGGAUUUAGCUUUACUGACAACGACCUAGGUUACGCCACUACUGAGUCUGAUGUGGCCCGGGAUCUCUACUCAGCCCUCCAGCAGUUUUUCACACUAUUUGCCGAUGAGAGACAAAACGAUUUCUAUAUAACGGGUGAGUCAUAUGCGGGGAAAUACGUGCCGGCGAUUGCCUAUAAGAUACACUCCGAGGGAAAGGCAUCUAAUAUAAACCUGAAAGGCUUAGUGAUUGGGGACGGACUGAUAGACCCGGUGUCCCAAUUUGACUAUGGACCAUUCCUAUACCAAAUUGGACUCCUGGAUGAGAAUCAAAGAGAUUACGUCAUUAAUGAAUCUACUAAAGCUGUUAGUUAUAUAAAUAAUAAAAAGUAUCUGGAUGCAUGGAAAAUAAAUGCAGAGGUGAUAUCAAAUGAGGGUUCAUACCUCAAAAAUAUGACUGGAUUGAAGUAUCAUUACAACUAUAUGACCUGUACCAUUUCCGAUGAGUUUUUCUAUUAUACGAAAUAUCUGGGACUGGAGGCUACCCGACGGGCCUUACAUGUAGGAAAUCUCACCUAUAAUGACGGGAAUAAAGUGUUCGCAAAGUUAACUAAUGAUUUGAUGCAAUCAGUGAAGCCAUGGCUGACCACACUUAUGGACGCAGACUAUAAGGUUAUUCUAUACAACGGACAACUGGACAUAAUAGUGGCGGCCACUCUCACUGAGAACUUCAUUCAAAGCAUAAAGUGGUCGAAAGCGAGUCAAUACAAGUCCGCUGACAGACUCGUGUGGAAAGUCAGUGAUAAGGACACAGAAGUGGCCGGUUAUGUAAGGGUUGUCCAUAACUUUUAUCAAGUGGUUAUACGAAACGGUGGUCACGCCAUAGCCUUUGAUCAGCCCAGGGCUACAUUGGAUAUCAUUUUAUUCAUAAUUCAUGGCUCGACAGCUCUUUUCGGUCGAAACACAUUUCUAUCACAUUCUGAGACUAAUGUCAAACUGGAUGGCGAUGUCGGGGAACCACUAUAUUUGACGCCAUACAUCGAGAGUGGACGGGUAGUUGAGGCACAGAAAUUGAGUCGAGUGUCAGGUCUGCCCUCAGCGCCCAAUAUUACUCACUUUUCCGGGUUUCUCACUAUUAAUAAGGAAUACAACAGUAAUAUGUUUUUCUGGUACUUCCCGGCACUGAAUGGAAACAAAUCUGCACCGGUAUUACUAUGGCUUGAUGGAGGUCCAGGUGCUUCAUCACUAUUCUCACAGUUUGCACAGCACGGGCCUAUUGUGUUGGAUAAGAAUCUUAAGCCAAGUCUUAGGGAAUACACCUGGGCGAAGGAAUUCUCUGUCAUAUACAUCGAUAAUCCAGUUGGCACUGGCUUUAGCUUCACUGACAAUGACCUAGGUUACGCUACAACUGAGUCUGAUGUGGCCCGGGAUCUCUACUCAGCCCUCCAGCAGUUUUUCACACUAUUUGCCGAUGAGAGACGAAACGAUUUCUAUAUAACGGGUGAGUCAUAUGCGGGCAAAUACGUGCCGGCGAUCGCCUAUAAGAUACACUCCGAGGGAAAGACAUCUAAUAUAAAGCUGAAGGGCUUAGCCAUUGGGAACGGAUGGGUAGACCCGGUGUCCCAAUCGGAUUACGGACCAUUUUUAUAUCAAAUCGGACUCUUGGAUGAGAAUCAACGAGAUUAUGUUGUCAGGGAAACUAAUAAAAUCAUUGACUAUAUAAAUAAUAAAAAGUAUCUAGAUGCAUCGAAAAUAAGUGAUGAGUUGAUAUCUAGUGACAACUCGUACAUCAAAAAUAUGACAGGAUUGAAACAUCAUUACAACUAUAUGACCUGUACCAUUCCCGAUGAGUUUUCCAAUUAUGAGAUAUAUCUGGGACUGGAGUCUACCCGAAAUGCCAUACAUGUGGGGAAUGUCACCUUCAAUGAUGGGAAUAAAGUGUUCGCUAAAUUAGCCAAUGAUGAGAUGCAAUCAGUGAAGCCAUGGCUGACCACACUUAUGGACGCAGACUAUAAGGUUAUUCUAUAUAAUGGUCAACUGGACAUAAUAGUAGCCCCACCUCUCACUGAGAACUUCAUCGAAAGCAUAAAGUGGUCGAAAGCGAGUCAAUACAAGUCCGCUGACAGACUCGUGUGGAAAGUGAGUGAUAAGGACACAGAAGUGGCCGGUUAUGUAAGGGUUGUCCAUAACUUUUAUCAAGUGAUUAUACGAAAUGGUGGACAUGUCGUAGCCUUUGAACAGCCCAGGGCUACAUUGGAU